AUGCAAUGCUUGUGCUGCGCAGAAAACCAGAGACCUCACUGUUGCGAAAUUGGUGACUCGGGCUUGUGCGAGCUGGAUAUUUGCGGGAUUUCUUCGGAGAUCGAUUCCAGAGGAGCAGAGGGAAUUGGGCUGGAACAACUCAUUCAGCCAAGGAAUUGGUGUGACAGUGCCCAAGGCAAGAACGCGGGGCAAAUUGAAAACCAGGGGUUUAUACCUCUAAUUUUGGGUUUCUUAAGAAAAUAA